AUGAAACUGUUACUACUCGUCGCCGGUCUCGCUCUAGUCAGCGCCAGGGCUCCCUUCGAGCCCAUCUCCAUCGAUUACCAUGCAGAUAUCGGUAUUACAGAGGCGACUAGAAUCAGGAAUGCAGAGGCAGCUCAGGACUUCGACGGUGGCAGGAUCGUAGGGGGUCAGGUGGCACGCCUCGGCGCUCACCCUCAUUUGGGUGGUUUAGUCAUAGCCCUCACAACCGGCCAAACUUCAGUAUGCGGUUCCUCUCUGCUGUCCAAUACCCGCCUCGUCACCGCCGCUCACUGCUGGCGUAGCAGAUCUUUCCAGGGCAGACAGAUAACAGUCGUUCUCGGCUCCACCCGCCUCUUCUCCGGUGGUCACAGAGUCAACACCAAUAAUGUUCAAAUGCAUGGAAGCUACAAUAUGAACACUUUAGUCAAUGACGUAGCCAUUAUCACCAUCCCAAGGGUUGCAUACAACAACAACAUUCGUAACAUCGCUCUGCCCACUGGUCUGCUGCUGAACUUCAACUACGCUGGAGAACGCGCGGUGGCCGCUGGCUUCGGUAGAUCUUCCGAUUCUGCGGCUGGAAACAACAACCAGGACCAACGUCAGGUGACUCUUACCGUCAUCGAGAACUUCGAAUGUGCUAAUAUCUACGGAACCUCAUCUGUGGUCGGAAGCACUCUCUGCACCAGUGGCCAGGGACGCGUUGGUGUCUGUGUGGGUGACUCUGGUGGUCCUCUCGUCUUCACCUUCAGCGGCGUCAGAUACUUGAUCGGUGUUACCUCGUUCGUGUCGACUCGUGGUUGCGAAGUCGGUCUGCCCGCGGGUUACGCGAGAGUCACCUCAUUCGCCAGCUGGAUCAGAGCAAGGCUGUGA